AUGCCUCUCAUUAAUGACCAGAAGAUGGCCUGCGAGCCAUGUAUUCGUGGCCACAGAUCAACAAAAUGCAACCACGCAAAUGAGCGCUUGAUGGUCCCCGUUCGAAAGCCCGGUCGCCCGCUGAGUACAAGCCCUCACCCGCCCGCCCGUGGCAGCGCCGGCAGCAGUGCGACAUUCGCCGUCCCCAGGAAACGAAAGUGUGACUGCAGGUUAAGUGGCGAUCCGCCAGCCACCGAGUCGACGAACAUCGAAAGCAAGUCCAACACCAAGCAAAGAUUGGAUAUAAGCGGUUGUCCCCCUAAUAAGGCGCUCACAAUAAACGCCAGUGUAGUGGCAAAUGAUGAAGUUCUGAACCGUCACUCGCAUCCUUCGAAUGCCAUAGGCCAGUUGCCUAUUCAGAUACCGAUGGCUAUGCCGCUACCAGGCAUCUUUCAACCAUGUUCCCAGCCCACCACAUUCACCUAUCCCACACCGCAUGAAUUUCACAUCUCAACGCUACAGUUCUCACACUACAGGCAGAUAACAAAUGCUCUGCACUACGGGCACCCGACGUUGUUGCCAGCCGCAUAUGGUCUUCCUGUCCCGCUCGGCUUUGCGCCUGUUAGGGCAAAGUUACCUAUGCCCCAUUCGACAUCAUAUUCGUGUAGGCUUAGUGAUAGUUGCCAAUGUAUUGGCUGUGCUACUCAGCCUUGCAAUAACGCGGCUAAUGACAACGUCCAACCUGCGUGGGACAGCAUGCUUGACGUCUGCGGAACGACCGAUGUAGUCAAGACCACGCACGCCGCAACCCAGCACUUGAAAGUCGCAAAGACAAACGGGACGGAAGCCCAAGACAAUGAGUCUCAAGUUGGUAGCGAAGAUGGGGGCUCUUCUGAUGCGCCAAAGAAGCUUUCAGAUGCAGUAUUAGGUUUGAGUGACGAGCCGCCACUGUCAAUGAUAGACACUGUUUCCGUCACGUACCAACCCGACCGGAAUGCCUACACCGACGAGACAAUUGCAUGCCCCUGCGACGACGAUUUUCAAUGUUUACUCGAUAUGCAAAGAUGUGUCUUUCCCUGA